CACCGCUCAAAGUCUCCUCAGGCUCCUCUUUCCCCCCCCCCCAACAAACUUGAACUCACUAGUUCCGUCUCCUUCCUCUUUCUCUCUCUCUCUCUUCCUCUCCUUUCUUUCCCAUCUCCCUCCCCUCACAUCGACAUUCCUCGUCCCACUUCUCUCUUCAUUACUCCCCCUUCUUCUUCUUUUUCUUUCCUCUUCCUUCCACAUAAUUUUAUUCGAUUAAUACCCCUUCCACUUCGCCAAAAUGCGUGAGAUUGUUCACCUGCAAACCGGCCAGUGUGGUAACCAAAUUGGUGCCGCUUUCUGGCAAACCAUCUCCGGCGAGCACGGCCUUGAUGGCUCCGGUGUGUACAAUGGCACCUCCGACCUCCAGCUGGAGCGCAUGAACGUCUACUUCAACGAGGCUAGCGGCAACAAGUAUGUUCCCCGUGCCGUCCUCGUCGAUUUGGAGCCCGGUACCAUGGACGCCGUCCGUGCCGGUCCUUUCGGCCAGCUGUUCCGCCCCGACAACUUCGUCUUCGGCCAGUCCGGUGCUGGUAACAACUGGGCCAAGGGUCAUUACACCGAGGGUGCCGAGCUGGUCGACAAUGUCAUCGACGUCGUCCGUCGUGAGGCCGAGGCCUGUGACUGCCUCCAGGGUUUCCAGAUCACCCACUCCCUGGGUGGUGGUACCGGUGCCGGUAUGGGUACGCUCCUGAUCUCCAAGAUCCGUGAGGAGUUCCCCGACCGCAUGAUGGCCACCUUCUCCGUCGUGCCCUCCCCCAAGGUCUCCGACACCGUUGUUGAGCCUUACAACGCCACCCUGUCCGUCCACCAGCUGGUCGAGCACUCCGACGAGACCUUCUGUAUCGACAACGAGGCUCUGUACGACAUCUGCAUGCGUACCCUGAAGCUCUCCAACCCCUCGUACGGUGACCUGAACCACCUGGUCUCCGCCGUCAUGUCCGGUGUCACCACCUGUCUCCGUUUCCCCGGCCAGCUCAACUCCGAUCUCCGCAAGCUGGCUGUCAACAUGGUUCCCUUCCCUCGUCUGCAUUUCUUCAUGGUCGGCUUCGCGCCUCUGACCAGCCGUGGCGCCCACUCUUUCCGUGCCGUCUCCGUCCCCGAGUUGACCCAGCAGAUGUUCGACCCCAAGAACAUGAUGGCUGCUUCUGACUUCCGCAACGGCCGCUACCUGACCUGCUCCGCCAUCUUCCGCGGUAAGGUCUCCAUGAAGGAGGUCGAGGACCAGAUGCGCAACAUCCAGAGCAAGAACCAGACCUACUUCGUCGAGUGGAUCCCCAACAACAUCCAGACCGCCCUGUGCUCCAUUCCCCCCCGCGGCCUCAAGAUGUCCUCCACCUUCAUCGGCAACUCCACCUCCAUCCAGGAGCUCUUCAAGCGUGUCGGUGACCAGUUCUCUGCGAUGUUCCGUCGCAAGGCUUUCUUGCAUUGGUACACUGGUGAGGGUAUGGACGAGAUGGAGUUCACUGAGGCUGAGAGCAACAUGAACGAUCUGGUUUCCGAGUACCAGCAGUACCAGGAUGCCUCCAUCUCCGAGGGUGAGGAGGACUACGGCGAGGAGGAGCCCCUUGAGGUUGAGGAAUAAAUCCGCCCCGACCGAUCGUGACGCAAAUUGAGAUCUGCUCGCAGUAAUACCCUUGAUAAGCCCUCGUUCUCUAUGAGUCUGGCUGGGCCAUCCGGUCGGCGUCAUGGACUUGUUUUAUCGGAGCGCUCUUAAUUUCUUUCCUGUUUUUACUUUCUUAGGCCGAACGGAGCCUGAAACUUGACCAGUAGCACAUAGUUUAAAAGCAAUCAGAGACUAGUCUCUUGUA